UCUCCAUUUGUUUAUCUCCUUUACUUUCCUGCCAAGAGCUCUAGCGCCACUGCGCUGCGUGGGUCGUCUUCUUCUUCUUCUUCCUCCAGAAUUGUUUUUUUCCUCCUCCACUUAUCUUCGAUCGAUCGCUGGGAGAAGGCGAGUAGCAGCGCAGCAGCGGUGGCAGUCGACCACAUUUGAUUCUCUGCCGCGCGCGCCCUCUAGAGCGAGAUGGGCGCUCUGUUCUUCGAGGUGAGCAGGAUUUCUUCGCUUGUCCGGUGACGAUCAGCCAAGUGGGUCGCCGCGCCGGGCAUCGCUCCGGGAUUCUUGAGCGACCCAUCUCGAGAAUUCGUGGGCAGGGAAUUCGUCUCUGUGGGUUUUAGCGGGGGUUUUUUUGGCGGCCCAUGGGGAGAUACAUGAGGAAGAACAAGGUGACCAUGGAGGUGUCCCAAUCGCUGGGCGUGAGGACCCGCGCAAGAACGCUGGCGAUGGCGCAGCAGCAAGCCGCGAGCAGGAAGAAUUUGUCCCAGGAGCAGCAGCAGGUCAAUGUGCUCAACUUCUGCUACCUGGAGCUGCGCAGCCGCAAGCUCGAGAAGCUGUUUGAUGGCGGCGGCGGCGCGAGCAAGCAUCACAGCUCCUCCGCCAGGCCUCCCAAGACGCAGCAGCGCCGCGUGAGGAGCUCCGACGCGAUCGGAGUCGUCUCGGUUGGAGCGGCGCCGCUAUCGCGCAGCAAUUCCUUCACCUCCUCCAAGCAGCCUCCUCCCGCGCCUCCGUCAAUCAAAAACGAUGAGCUCGACGCUGUCAACCAUGUCGACUCGAGAACUUCUGGACAAUUGGAAGUUUCGUGUGGAGACAAUGCCUUUGACCACGACGGACUCUCGUCUAGAGACAGUUUUGGACCCGACCAUCAUCGCCGGCUCCGCGAGAGCACUCCCGUAUGCACAGACCAGGAGCUCCAUCGACGCAUAGCCGACGCUCCAGGAUCAUCUUCCAAAGUCCGGGUGACCAACAGGACGUCUUCCAAUCCUCCCGAGGAAUCGUCCCGGCCUUUCGACGCGCCCACGCCCGAGGAGAUCGAGGAGUUCUUCGCGGCCGGAGAGCAAGAGCCCGACGAGGAAAAGAAGAGAUUAUCUGACAGAUACAACUAUGACUUUGCCAACGAUUGUCCACUCCCCGGUCGAUUCGAGUGGACUUCCGCAAGUUCUUGAGCUCCGCCGGUGGUCACACGGGGACACAGCGACAGUUUCUCUUCUAGUCUUGGAGGCCGUAGCUCCACUCUUUCCUCUCUAACUCUCUCAGGGGGAUUCUUUGUGUACAAUGGCUCUCCUACUCUGCUGUACAGUCUCAUCGCUCGGCUGCUAAAGACUACUCUACUACUCUACUUACACAAGGCCUUCACUAGAACAACACCCAAGUUUUUCUCUCCUUGAUCAUCCAGUUCCUGUCCACGCGAUGGAAGAAACCUUGAGAGUUCGCGAUGAUCUUCGUCCGAAGGUUUCUCGAUGUUUGAAGAACUGGACGACGAUAACGACGACGACACAAGCUUCACAACAAGCUGCCGCGCUGCUCUUCUCGUUUUUGUAUAGGAGCAGGGAAGAAGCCAAAGCCAGCAGCAAGGGCCGAUCCAUUCUGAUACAACCCAAAACGAGUCAAAUAGUCAUAGUAUCAUCAAAUCAGUCGAGGAAGACAAACAAAAUCUCUCGCUCCAAAGCGCAAGCUCUUCCUUGUCGUGGAAUAACUCUGGUUUCAUACUAAGCAGCAGUCUACACUGCUCAAGGCAAUCAAGCUCUGUUUUUGCUCUUUCGUCCACACGGUGAUCAUCAAGCAAGAGAUCUCUGGAUAAAUACCCAGAGAGCUCUCUGGAGGUGGAAAAUGACAUUGGUGGCGACCAUUUUCAAGUUGUGUUCUUCGUCUUUCUUUGCUAGGAGAGAUCUGGCACUCUUUCCUUUCCUUGACUGCUGCCCUCGAUUGCGAUUUGGUCCGUGGUGGCAGCGCUGGUAAUUGAAUCUAGCAAGGCCGGGCCAAGAGUCCACAUUCGCUCGUGUUUGGCUUUGCCUCUCUCUCGGAAACAUCAUUCUCUCUUUGGGUUC